AUGGCUUCAGGACAGAUCAGAGACAUGGACAGAGGACAAAAAAGGGAUUUGGCCUCGGGAGACAUGGGGGACUUGGCCCCUGGAGAGGUGCGGGACUUGGCCCCUGGAGAGGUGCGGGACUUGGCCCCUGGAGAGAACAAGCUUCUCUCUAUUGCCCCAUCGGUGUGGGUUGAAGAUGGCAUGUGCUUUUGGCCACCUUUUCAAAAUGAUGCUCGCAUCGAUAGGGCAUGCAGGAAAAAGGAGCUUCCCGGAGACGACUGGCUUAAAUUUGAUAUACGCAUCCUGAAAACAUGUGACCAGUACCUUGAAGUCAGGCAAACUUUGCAGAGGGCACUGACCUGCUCCACAUCUGACCUUCAGUCAGACGAGGAGCAUGCUGGACCAAGAAAGAGGAAGCGUAAAACAAAUCACUUUUAUGGAGACAGUGGCUCAGAGAGCUCUGAGCCAGAGCCAAGAAAAGAGAAAAGAAAAGCUCCAUUUAUUCCACCACCACCACCACCAACAACACAAGCAAUGGCCAAAGAACACACUCCUACUUCACCUUUGAAUUUGACCUUUUUAAAAGCUACACAGAUCCAAAUACUGGGCCUUCUUGAAGCGAUAAAGCUCCAGCAAGAGCAAUUAAUGCUGAAAGUCAAUUAUUUGCAAAGCAAAGUGUGUGCAACUCCAUCACAAUCCGAAGUGAACUUCCCAGAGGCAGUAACAUUUCCACUAAACACAUUGGAGGAUGUGGAAAGGAUGGAGGCAUGGAUUAGAGGCACCAACAUGGAACUGAAGCAGCAAGUGAUCAAAAAGCUUUCAGCAAUCGGUGGGCAAGACCACAAAAAAGUCACGUGGAAUAUCCUGGCCUGCAUUUUCAACGACAGCUGUGCCCAGAAAAUCAGCUGGAAAGGGGUUCAUGGCAAAAUACCAUUCAAAAGUAUGGCCUUGAAGACUCUCAUUUUGGAAGCUGUAAAAAGGAAUAAUCUCUGCCGCACAAUCACGGACGUGGAGAUUUUCUUCUCGUUGGCAGUAUUGCACAUAAUGAAGAUGGAACAUGAUUCAUCUUCUUGUGUCCUCGCUGAGUAUCUGGGUCUGGUCAGUCAGGUCCAGGCUGCGACCUCAGGAUGA